GAGCCGUCUAAACAUGCUUUAGAUGGCCACGAUUUUAGAGAAUAAGAGAAGAGAGAGUGGUCGGCUUAGAGGGAGAGAAAGUGUUCUAAUCAAAACACGUUUGGACUGCUUGAAUGCGUGCGGUACCUAAUUUGCACUCAAAAACUUCUCCGGUUAUUCACAUGAAUCAUACAUAUCUCAUCACUCCGCCUCUAACAACCAGAGUUCAUCACCAAAAUCAAUCCCCACACCACACCACCACCGCCACCAACCAUGCCAACUUCCUCAUCCCUCUCUCCUCCACUCAAACCCCAAUCUGAGCCCAGCACCACCGCUCAUGACCACCACCAACAGCAGCAGUACCUCCAAACCCUCCUACAAUCCGCCCGCCCUUUCCUCACGGGCGACCUCUCGCCCAUCGACCCGAACCUUCCCUCCCUCAUCUCCCUCCUCCGCUCCGUCGGCGCCAACGAGUGCUGGCACAAGCACGGCACCUUCCUCCACCACCUCCUUAACAUCCACCGCAUCCUGACCCUCUGGAACUCCCCGGCCGCCGUCGCCCUCUGCGGCCUCUUCCACUCCGCCUACUCCAACUCCUACGUCAACCUCGCCAUCUUCGACCCCGCCACCACCGGCCGCGAGGACGUCCGCCGCCACGUCGGCGCCGAGGCCGAGCGGCUCAUCUACAUGUUCUGCGUGGUCCCCCGCCAGCCCCUGAUCCACGACGACCUGCUGUUCCGUUACGCGGACGCGGAGCUCGUCGAGGACCUCGGGGCUUCGGAGGUCUCGGUGAGGAAUGCCAAGGAGAGGGGCGUGUUUGACGAGGAGGAAGGGUGGAGGAAGAAGCUGGAGUCUGUCGUGCCGAAGGAUGGGGUGGUGGUGAAGCACAUCAAGACGGGGGAGGACGUCCUCGUGUCCCGGAGGCUGGUCGCUGUGUUCGUGAUGAUGACCAUUGCGGACUUCAGCGACCAGCUUUUCAGUUUCCAGGACGUCCUUUUCGAGAAUUUUAACGGCCGUCUCGAGUUUAGUGGGAAUGAUGUGGCAGGGGGUUUGUGGCCCGGGGACGGGAAGCCGGGGUUGUGGAUGAACUCGUUAUCGAGGAUGGGCGCAAUUUACAAUCUGAUAGUGAGAGAAGAGGAGAUUUUGCUGGAAAAGAGGAGAAGGGAAAAAAUUGGUGGUGGUGGUGAGGGUGUUGAGGGAGUGGUGAUCGAGGCCGGUAGAGACGAGGAGAUUGAGCUGGUGGUACCGCCGGUUUUCGAUGGUUGCACCAGGGUUUUGGAUGCAGGGGAGCAAAUAAUUGCCAGGGAUAUGUACUGGGAAGCUGUCAAUUGUAGUGCUGGUUUGGAGCGAGCCGAAGAGUUGUUGGUUGGGUGUAUCGCGAAAAACCCGUUUAUUGGAGAGCCUCAUGUGGUGUUGGCUCAGGUUUAUUUGAGCAGUGGAAGGUUUGAGGAAGGUGAGAGGGAAGCUGUGAAAGGGCUGACCUUGUUGUUGGAAUGGGGAAGCCCUUGGGACAAGAGGAUGUCAUGGGAAGGCUGGAUUGCUUGGGCUAGAGUCCUGCUCAUGAAAGCCAAAGAGAGGUCAUGGCCUCACACUUCUUGGGGCAUUCUCAAUUUGGGGCUUGUCAGAUAGGGAGGAAUUAUAAUGAAGGAAGAUGUUCGAGACACGGAUGUCAUCUGGAGCCUUUCGAUCUCGGACAAUUCUCUGUACAUCUGUGUCUGGAUCUGCCGUCUAUGUCUUGUGCUUGGAUUCGUGUCUUGUGUCUGCAGCCCUGCCCCUAAAUAAGUGCCCUCUAAAUAAGUGCCCUCUUUCUUCUAGUCUACUAGUUGCAUAACAGCACAAGCUAUUAUCUUUUAGUCUGCUACCCUUCAUGGACCAAUAAAUAAUAACCUGCGAUAUGUUCUUUGCUUU